AUGCGUUUCCACACCCAGCUGCUGCCCGCCUUACUGGCGGCAGUGGCCCUCGCCGCCAAGCCCCUCGGCGAUCAAGUGUGCGUGGCUACCUGCUACAAUGCCCUGCUCAAGGCCAAGUUUGCUGGCGCCAGUGACAAGGCCCAGACAGCCUGCACGAAUCCCCUCCGCGUGCAGUCCACGUAUUACUGCAUCUCGGAGCGCUGCGCCAAAGAGGGCGACAAGGCGACGGACGAUGGCAUUGAGUGGUGGGCAGGCGCCUGCAAGAAUUCCUCCAAAAUUGUCAAUGCCAAGGGCUACCGCACUGCGAUUUCCAAUGUUACAGAAAGCUACUUGGCUGGCCUGCCCAAGGUUGAACAAAAGUCCAAGAAACUCUUUGAUGGGCCUGCGCUGCCGUCGCAGGCCAACUGGAAAUACAUGUACACAACCGUCUUUACCUACGCCGACGCCAGACGCUACAACGAUGCAAUCCGAUGGUCCUUGUACGGGUUUUGGGGACUUGUUAUUUUGGUGGGCAUCUGCAACCGACUGUGGACGCUCAUCUCCAGUCGCCGCAAGAGAAUUCCCAUCGAGUCCCAAACUGGCGCGCUCAGCGUUUCGAGAAAAGCAUCCAAAUGGCUCAACAUUCAUUUACUUCAGGCCCCGACUCGAUCGCAUCACCACCACGAGCCCUGGGGCUGGUGGACGCUCCCCCUUCGCAUCCACACCGUCGUCAUUGCACUGUACAUUCUCCUUCACGUUUUGGUCGUCGCAACUCGGUAUCGCGUCGUAGACGAAAAUGACUACUUCAGAAGCAGACGGACCCAGUCCCUUCGCUGGAUCGCCGACCGACUCGGCACGUUAAUGUCCGCCAGCAUGCCCUUCAUUUUCCUCUUCGGAGCCCGAUCGAGCCCGUUGCCCAUCAUCACCGGGUGGAGCUACCGCACAUUCAGCAGCUUCCAUCGCUGGGUCGCCAUUGUCAUGCUCGUCGAGGCCAUCUGUCACGGCUGCGUCUUUUCCGCCUUCUAUGCCUACGACAAAGGCUUUGACGAAUAUCGCAACCGAUUAAAGUCGGACGCCAUGUUCCGAUCCGGAAUUUUUAUGCUGACCGCCAUGGGUAUCUCAUCUGCAAUGGCGCACAUUAAGAUUCGCCAAAUGGCAUACGAGCUGUUCAAGAUUGCGCACAUUGCCAUGGGCAUCAUUUUCCUGGCAAACUACUGGAAUCACAUCAAGGACAAGUUUGGAGGCGACUACAGAGUGUGGACCUGGGUCUGCGUGGGCAUCUGGGCAAGCGACUAUUUCUUCCGCAUUGUCCGCAUCCUUUGGCUCAAUUUCAACGCACUCAUCGGAAUGGACAACCGCGCCAUUGCCAGCUACAGCGAGGAUACAGGCAUGAUCCGGCUGCAUGUCCACGCCUCUGGAACACACUCCCGCCAGAGUCCUGGCAGUUACUACUAUCUGCACUUUGGGGGCUGGCGCAUUUGGGAAAAUCACCCUUUCAGCUUGGCGGGCUCGUCAGCUGGAGAAAUGUCUCAAGCCACGGCUGUAGAGUCGACCGAUGCAGAGAAACGCUCAGCCGUGGUCAGCAGUCAGCCUGCCAAUCAGGAGCUCCUUGGCGGACAGUCGUACAAGACGUUCAUGAUUCGCCCGCGCGACGGCUUCACCCGUCGUCUGCGCAACUCCAUCAUCAAGCAGGACGCGGCAGGCAUUUUGCGUCUCCGCGUCGUGCUGGAGGGCCCGUACGGCACCGGCGCCAACAUUGCAGGGUUCAACGAGAUUCUCUUCAUUGCCGGCGGAAGCGGCAUCACGGCCAUCCUGCCCUACGUUCGCCGCAUCUUUGAGGAUGUGGACCAGGACGCUCCCUGUCCCCGCGUGCGGCUCGUUUGGGUGGUCCGCCAGGCCGGCUUCGCUCGCGAUGUGCUAGCCAACGACCUGCGCCUGGUCGAGGCCUCGCAGAACGCCGCCGCCAAGCUGCAAAUCGACAUUUAUGUCACUUCCCGCAGCGACCAGGAUAGUAACUCGGAGAAGAGCGACUCGGAAAAUACGAAUGCGAGCAUGGGCGACUCCAGGUUUACCUACUGCAAGCCGGCGGUCGGCGACAUUGUACACGACUAUGUCGGAGCCAUGGAGAGUAAUAGGGCAGCCGUGUUUGUGUGUGGUCCUGCGCGCGUGGCCGAUGAGACAAGAGCGGCGGUGAGAAAAGAGGCUCGCUCGAGCGCAAAGGAUGUCGAGCUAUUCGAAGAGAUGUAUGGCUGGUAA